GUCGCAAAACCACGCUUAUGCCUCAAACAAUACCAACAACAGUACCCACUCCAUAUUUUUGCCUAUUAUUUUUAUCAAAACUGUCUCCUUUGGUUGUCUUCGUUACCUAUGGGCAUUGAAAUUUCUUUUCUUAUUUGUUUUUGCACCACCUUUUCACUUCCAAAACCAGCCCACAGUUCAUAAUACCAAUACUUCUACCCUUAUAUAAUAACCCAUUACUGAUCCACUCUCAAUUUAUCAUCGAAUUCUUCUGAAUCAAACGAUCUUCAUUCCUACUUUGUAUUGCAAUUUUCCAUGGAAACUGCAAACAACAUCGGUUCAGUCGCUCAACCCAGCUCGGCUCCGCCUCAGGUCCCGCCUGCUGCCUACAGCGGCACUCUUGGACGCCACCUUGCUCGGCGGCUAGUUGAGAUUGGUGUGAGAGAUGUCUUCUCAGUUCCUGGUGACUUCAACUUGACACUCUUGGAUCAUCUUAUAGCCGAGCCAGAGUUGAAUUUGGUUGGGUGCUGUAACGAGCUCAACGCCGGGUAUGCUGCUGAUGGGUACGCACGUGCCAAGGGUGUGGGCGCAUGCGUGGUGACGUUCACGGUGGGUGGACUUAGUGUGCUGAAUGCUAUAGCCGGUGCUUACAGUGAGAAUUUGCCAGUGAUAUGUAUAGUUGGUGGGCCUAACUCUAACGAUUAUGGAACAAACAGGAUCUUGCAUCAUACAAUUGGGUUGCCGGAUUUUUCCCAAGAGCUUAGGUGUUUUCAAACCGUCACAUGUACUCAGGCUGUGGUUAAUAACUUAGAUGAUGCACAUGAGCUUAUUGACACGGCAAUUUCAACUGCUUUGAAGGAAAGCAAACCGGCUUAUAUCAGUAUAGGCUGUAAUUUGCCUGGAAUUCCACAUCCCACUUUUGCUAGGGAUCCUGUGCCAUUCUAUCUGGCUCCCAAGGUAAGCAAUCAGUUAGGGCUAGAAGCAGCUGUGGAAGCAACUGCUGAUUUCUUGAAUAAAGCUGUGAAGCCAGUUAUUGUGGCUGGGCCCAAGCUAAGGGUGGCGAAGGCGCAAGAGGCCUUUAUAGAGCUUGCAGAUGCUAGUGGAUAUCCAGUAGCUGUUAUGCCAUCUGGUAAAGGGAUGGUUCCAGAGCAUCACCCACAGUUCAUUGGGACAUAUUGGGGUGCGGUCAGUACCAGCUUCUGUGGGGAGAUAGUGGAGUCUGCUGAUGCCUAUGUUUUUGUUGGUCCCAUCUUCAAUGAUUACAGCUCUGUUGGUUACUCAUUGCUUAUCAAGAAGGAGAAAACAAUCAUAGUGCAGCCUAAUCGUGUGACUAUAGGCAAUGGUCCUUCUCUUGGCUGGGUUUUCAUGGCUGACUUCUUAAGUGCAUUGGCCAAGAAACUAAAGAAAAACAGCACUGCCCUUGAGAAUUACCGUCGAAUCUUCGUCCCUUCAGGCGUCCCACUGAAGCGCGUGCAAGAUGAGCCUCUUAGAGUCAAUGUUCUCUUCAAACACAUUCAGGCAAUGCUAAGUGGAGAUACAGCAGUAAUUGCUGAAACUGGAGACUCGUGGUUUAACUGUCAGAAACUCCACCUCCCUGAGAAUUGUGGAUAUGAAUUUCAGAUGCAGUAUGGAUCUAUUGGCUGGUCAGUAGGCGCUACUCUAGGAUAUGCUCAGGCUGCUAAAGACAAGCGUGUGAUUGCUUGCAUUGGUGAUGGGAGUUUCCAGGUAACAGCUCAGGAUAUUUCAACAAUGAUCCGAUGUGGACAAAAGAGCAUUAUAUUCCUCAUAAACAAUGGGGGUUAUACAAUUGAAGUAGAAAUUCAUGAUGGCCCUUACAAUGUGAUUAAGAACUGGGAUUAUACAGGCCUGAUCAAUGCCAUUCAUAAUGGAGAAGGCAAAUGCUGGACUGUCAAGGUACAUACUGAGGAUGAACUAAUGGAAGCAAUUGAUAAAGCAACAGGAGAACAUAAAGAUUCAUUAUGUUUUAUUGAAGUUUUUGCGCAUAAGGAUGACACCAGCAAAGAGCUACUGGAGUGGGGAUCCCGAGUUUCAGCUGCCAACAGCCGCCCUCCAAAUCCACAGUAGCACUUCGAGGUUUUAAGGAUUCAGAAUUAUGCUGGUCCUUACUGUAGUAGUACAAUGAGCUUCAAUCCUGUACUUAUCACACAGCUAAAAAUAAGUGAGAAGAGAGCUGCUUGUUUUAGAUGUUUUUCCUACCAAUCUGGUUUCAGCAUUCGGCUUAACUCUAGUGAUGAUGUAACUAUUGUAUGUCAAUGUUUAUGUGGCUGAGGCUGAGAUGAUUUUAAGUUUUGUAUUCUGAUGAAACA